AUGCGUGUUCGCUAUCCCGCUGGUUCCGCUGAUUUGGUCGUCGAACGGGAAGUCGACGGAUUGCACCGCUGCAAGACAUCUGGCGCAUUCCUCGAUGGUCGGGUUGGCCCGUCCCGUGGCUUACGGACCAUGUGCGAAAGAGCGUACGUAAGGUCAGACUUGCUCGGUAUCAUGUAUCAAACAGAUAUCAGCCAGCGGGAGGCAGAUGUGAACUCUGGAACUGGAAAGAUACCGCCUGGGGUUGGGCCUGCCAGCUGGCAAGGUCUUAGGGUCUUGGAGUCUUGGACGCUCGGAUUCUACCCAGAGCGGUCGAGCUGA